GAGAUAUAGAGAUUUUAUUCUCGACCACUGCAGUAUAAAAGAAUCACAGUAACGCGAGUCACACAAUUUUUGGGUUGACACUGCUUAUGAGUUAUGCUUACACUAUGCUGUAGAAUAACUCUGAAAUAAAUUUAUGUCUAUUAAACAAAUGCACACACAUAAAUAACAUGUCUAAAUAACAAUAUACAUAUCUUAAUGAAAAUGAACUUUAUUGCUAAAAAUGUUAACACAGAUACACACAAUGGGAUCAUAUAAUGUUGAAAAAUAGAGAUGGGGAGAGGAACAGAAACAGAGAGAAAGGGAGGAAUGGAGCGAGAAAAGGACAGAUGGACAGAGGGAUAUUGGAAAGGAGAAAGUAGGGAGAGGGGGAGGAAGGGAAGUAGGGAGGGGGGAGGGAGGAAGGGAAGGACAGAGAGAGAAAGGGAGCAAGAGACAGAGAGAGGAAGGCAGAGAGAAAAGCGGUCUUCUGCCUCCAGGACCAGCAGGACCUCGCACUCCGGGAAAAUGUUGGGUGCCCAGUGCAGGCUGAGUGCUCGGCCCACAGCCACGUCUGCCUGCGGGGCGCUCACGGGCCCUCCGGAUCGCCAGCCUGGGUCACUUCAUCCCGGAGCGAUUCAGACGAAUUCCGCCUCCCAAGGAAUGAGCGAAUUGCCCAGAGAGCAGUGAGCCGAGACUCGGGUGAUUGUCCGUUUUUCAUCCACAUGGUUCACAGAUGACAUAGCCCCACGUUGAGCCUGCAACAGAGCGCAAGGCGGAUAGUCCCGUCCACACAAGAGUCACACUCAGACCGAGUGAACCAUGAUUCUGGGUUCCACGUUCCUUUGCCCUCUGCAAGGGGGCCUGUUGUUCACGUGUCUCCGGCCCCCAAAAGCGUGACCAUGUUGACUGUUUCCCGAGCUCUGUGGGGACCCAGAAACCUCCAGCGAAGCGUGGAAAAGCAGCAUCCUGUCUUCGCUCUCCUUUCCAGUUUCCAAACAGGCCACAGUGGAGACUUCCCUUGUUGCAGGAAACAGGAAUCCGUGGUCAGGCUGUGAUGCACGGGACGUUUCUUUUCUCUGUAGUUUCGCUCUCGUUUUCUACAUGAAAAUGAACGAGUUCCACACCCCUGCGUGUGUGAGACUAUCACGGCAACGGCGACACCCACAGGCAUUGCCGCCUUCACGGAGAGGGCCUGGAAAACUCAAGACUGUCAUGGAAGUUCAGUUCCACACUCCACCCUUCGGGGUGGUUUCUGCCUGAAAACUGUGGGAGUCAAGACAGAGGCUUCCAGUUUCCAUAGAAUUACUGGAGAACCUUAGAGAGCCAGCCCCCAAAGCCCCUUUUUCCCCUCCAAUCUGGCCCUACACCCACCCACCCCACAAGGCCCUGGUCCCUGUGGUUUUCGGCUUUGGAGGGCGGGCUACCCCGGGAUCUUGGGCCCCGAGCUCAUGCAUGUUCAUAACGGGGUGGAGGUGGUAGGUCUUUCUAAGGGCCUCCUGGCUGGACCUGCCUGCAGCGCAGAGGCCGGCUGAGGUGCACGGGAGCCCACCGGCCUCUCUCUGCCGGUGUCCGUCCGUGAAAUUCCGGCCGGGGCUCCCCGCGAUGGCCCUCCCGACACCUUCGGACAGCACCCUCCCCGCGGAAGCCCGAGGACGAGGACGGCGAAGGAGACUCGUUUGGACCCCGAGCCAAAGCGAGGCCCUGCGAGCCUGCUUUGAGCGGAACCCGUAUCCGGGCAUCGCCACCAGAGAACGGCUGGCCCAGGCUAUCGGCAUUCCGGAGCCCAGGGUCCAGAUUUGGUUUCAGAAUGAGAGGUCACGCCCGCUGAGGCAGCACCGGCGGGAAUCUCGGUCCUGGCCCGGGAGACGCGGCCCGCAAGAAGGCAGGCGAAAGCGGACCGCCGUCACCGGAUCCCAGACCGCCCUGCUCCUCCGAGCCUUUGAGAAGGAUCGCUUUCCAGGCAUCGCCGCCAGGGAACAACUGGCCAGAGAGACGGGCCUCCCGGAGUCCAGGAUUCAGAUCUGGUUUCAGAAUCGAAGGGCCAGGCACCCGGGACAGGGUGGCAGGGCGCCCGCGCACGCAGGCGGCCUGUGCAACGCGGCCCCCGGCGGGUGUCACCCUGCUCCCUCGUGGGUCGCCUUCGCCCACAACGGGGCGUGGGGAACGGGGCUUCCCGCACCCCACGUGCCCUGCGCGCCUGGGGCUCUCCCACAGCGGGCUUUCGUGAGCCAGGGAGCGGGGGCCGUCCCCGUGUUCCAGCCCAGCCAGGCCGCGCCGGCAGAGGGGAUCUCCCAACCUGCCCCGGCACUCGGGACUUUGUGUUCCCUGCCCUAGCUCCUCCGGAAAUGGGACUGUCCCACCCUCAGACUCCUCGGAGGCCUCCGCACCCCAAUAAAUGACAGGAGGACCAGGACCCGCAGCGCGACGGCCUGCUGGGCGCGUGCUCAGUGGGACAGCUUGGGCCCCCUCAAGCUGAGUCACAGGCGCAAGGUGUGCUUGCGCCACACACGUCCCACCGGAGUCCGCGGUGGGACUGGAGCCCCAGGUCGCCAGGGCGGCGUGGGAACCCGAAGACGGGGCACCUCCACCUCCGAAGCUCGCGACCCCGGAGGCCUCUGCGUCAAGCACAGAUGCCAGCCAUCCAGGCGCCUCCCAAACCGCUCCAGGAGCCGGGGCGCUGGUCUGCACUCACCUCCAGCCUGUUAGAUGAGCUCCCGUCAACCCCAGAGUUUCAGCAAAAGGCACAACCUUUCCUAGAUCCGGUGUCACUGGGGGAGCUCAAGGAGGUGGAAGAGCCCGCUCCGCUGGAACCACUCCUCAGCCAGGAAGAACACCGGGCUCUGCUGGAGGAGCUUUAGGACGCCGGGUUGGGGCGGGGCGGGGGCAGGGCGGCGGCCUCUCUUUGGCGGUGAACCUCUGGCUCGGUAUGGAGAGGCGUGUCUUCCCUUCCAGCUGACCUGUCUAGGAUCCCUGGGUUCCAGGUCCGGCGAGAGACUCCACACAGAGGAGGGCUGUCAUUCUUUCCUGAGCAUCCCGGGGAUCCCAGGGCCGGUCCACGUACCGGGAGGUGGACUGUCUACUGCUCAUGCGGGGGUUUGCAGGCAACAGCUUAGGUUUUCUAACCAGCCCAGGCGGAGCUCUCAUCCCUUUUCCUCCCGCGUUCUUCAGUCGGGUUGGCGGAGACCUCAGUCCGCGAAACGCUGGGUCGGGGCAGAAGCCAGGCCAGUUCUCCUUUCUGCGGCUCGAUUCCUCUGCCUCUUCGCUCACUAUCACUUGCCAACCCGUGUCCCGCCAGCCUCCUUGCCAGCACCAUGGAGCGCCUUGCAACUAAAUGUAGACCCGAGACCCCGCGCAAACCGGGGUGCUGCCCUGUCCAGGCAAGAGGGAAGGCAGGCAGAUAUGAGGACAGGAACGGAGACAGAGUGGGACGGAAGGAUGGAGCUAGGAAAGGAUGGAUGGACGGAGGGACCCUGGAAGGGAGAGGAAGAGGGAGAGAGGGAGAAAGGGAGGAAAAAACCAGGGCAGGGAGGGAAGAACAGAGGGAAGGAUGGACCGAGGGACAAAAGGAGCAAGAAACAGAGAACCGAAGGCAGACAGAAAAUCGGUCUUCUGCCUCCAGAACCAACAGGACCCAGCAAUCCGGGAAAAUGUUGGGUGCCCAGUGCGGGCUAAGUGCUGGGCCCACAGCCCCGUUGGCCGGCGGGGAGCUCAGCGGCCCUCCGGAUCGCCAGCCUGGGUUACUUCAACCCAGAGCGAUUCAGACGAAGUCCGUUUCCGAAGGAAUGAGGGAAUUCCCCAGACAGCAAUGAGCGGAGACUCGGGUGGUUGUCUGUUUUUCAUCCACAUGGUUCACAGAUGACAUAUCCCCACGUUGAGCCCUGCAACAGAGCGCGAGGCGGAUAGUCCCAUCCACACAGAAGUCACGCUCAGGCCAAGUGAAGCGUGAUUCUGGAUUCCACGUUUCUUUGCUCUCUGCAAAGGUGCCUGUUACUCAAGUCUCUGCCGCCCCCGGAAAGCGUGACCAUGUUGACUGUUUCCCGAGCUCUGUGGGGACCCAGAAACUUCCAGGAAUGCGUGGAAGACCAGCAUCGUGUCGGUGCUCUCCUUUCCAGUUUUCAAACAGGCUAUAUCGGAGACUCCCCAUUUUGCAGGAAACAGGAAUCCAUCCUCAGGCCGUGAUGCACGGGACGUUUCUUUUUCUCUGUGCUUUCGCUCUCAUUGUCUACAUGAAAAUGAACGAGAUCCACACACCUGCGUGUGUGAGACUAUCACGGCAACUAUGACACCCACGCGCUGGCAAUAGAGUUGGCAGCCUGAUCCCAGGACAAAGAACCCAGAGUUGAUCUCUGCAGCAUGCCAUCACUGCUGGGGAUGAGGAAACGGUGAUUUCAGGACUUUUUUCUGUCUCUUCAGUGCCUCUUUCAGUGAUCUGAGGUUAAAACCAGACUAUGGAGGAUUCAUCACCAGACCAGGAAGCAACUGCCUGGGCUCCAGAAUUGGCCAGUAGUCCGUGCACAGACGAGGAGAGGUCCCAUGAAACUUCGGCGCAGUCUGGGAACCGAGCUCUUUUUGUAACAAGUUGUUUGUCAGAAGGCCCAGUCAUGAGAGCCCUUCGUGACUGGGCUCAAGGAAUACAAAAAGGUCAACUUGU